UGAUCUCAACAUAAACAAGACAAAACGCUUUUGUCUCUUGUCUAUCUAAAUUAAAUCUACGAGGAAACGAAGAGAAGCAACAAAAUUCGAUAUUUUAGAAGUCUUGCAUAAAUAAGAAGAAGGUUUCAAAAAAUAUAAAAUUAAAAAGAUCAAAUGGAAAGUCUCGCACACAUUCCUCCCGGUUAUCGAUUCCAUCCGACCGAUGAAGAACUCGUUGACUAUUAUCUCAAGAACAAAGUUGCAUUCCCGGGAAUGCAAGUUGAUGUUAUCAAAGAUGUUGAUCUCUACAAAAUCGAGCCAUGGGACAUCCAAGAGUUAUGUGGAAGAGGGACAGGAGAAGAGAGGGAAUGGUAUUUCUUUAGCCACAAGGACAAGAAAUAUCCAACUGGGACACGAACCAAUAGAGCAACGGGCUCCGGAUUUUGGAAAGCAACGGGUCGAGACAAGGCCAUUUACUCAAAGCAAGAGCUUGUUGGGAUGAGGAAGACUCUUGUCUUUUACAAAGGUAGGGCCCCAAAUGGUCAGAAAUCUGAUUGGAUAAUGCACGAAUACCGUCUUGAGACCGAUGAAAAUGGACCGCCUCAUGAGGAAGGAUGGGUGGUUUGUCGCGCUUUCAAGAAGAAGCUAACCACGAUGAACUACAACAAUCCAAGAACAAUGAUGGGAUCAUCAUCAGGCCAAGAAUCUAACUGGUUCACGCAGCAAAUGGAUGUGGGGAAUGGUAAUUACUAUCAUCUUCCUGAUCUAGAGAGUCCGAGAAUGUUUCAAGGCUCAUCAUCAUCAUCACUAUCAUCAUUACAUCAGAAUGAUCAAGACCCUUAUGGUGUCGUACUCAGCACUAUUAACGCAACCCCAACUACAAUAAUGCAACGAGAUGAUGGUCAUGUGAUUACCAAUGAUGAUGAUCAUAUGAUCAUGAUGAACACAAGUACUGGUGAUCAUCAUCAAUCAGGAUUACUAGUCAAUGAUGAUCAUAAUGAUCAAGUAAUGGAUUGGCAAACGCUUGACAAGUUUGUUGCUUCUCAGCUAAUCAUGAGCCAAGAAGAGGAAGAAGUUAACAAAGAUCCAUCAGAUAAUUCUUCGAAUGAAACAUUUCAUCAUCUCUCUGAAGAGCAAGCUGCAACAAUGGUUUCGAUGAAUGCUUCUUCCUCUUCUUCUCCAUGUUCCUUCUACUCUUGGGCUCAAAAUACACACACGUAAGAUCAAUCCUCAAAACGUGUGUGUAAAUCCACACGGCUAUAUAUAAUUAAUUCAUGUGGCUCAUGCUUAUUGAUUACAAAUCAUAUACAUAUGUCUUAACGAUUACUGAUUAUAAUUUUAUACGAAAUUUGUUUAUUUAUUAUGAUGUAACUUUAUAGUUUUAUGAGAUAUAUAUAAAUACAAACUUUAUAAUCAA